GCCGGCGGAAGCAUUUCAGAGUGGGACUGCGAGAAGCCGCUUGUAAACAGAGCCGGGCCGGGAUGGUCAGCGGCCGGGCGGGCUGUCACCGUGAGGCGGGCGGUGGGCUGCGGGAGCCAAGCCCCCGCCAGGAGCGGACUGCAGGCCCCGCAGGUGAACGGAGAGUAGCAGCCAGCGCCCAGGAAAUCAAGGAUUGACGUGGCAUUGCUUUGACGAGUACUUCCUGUUGUCUUCACAGAGGUCUCGCUGAAGAAUAAUCUCAAAGGAACAUUUGGUCUCCCUAUACAUCUGUUAAUGCCCAUUAGCCACUAGCAAAUGCUUUUAAUUACCAGGAAAACAUCAACCAUCUUUGUGUUUGGCCUGCUCCAGGAAGCCCAAUGAAGGUUUCUUCCAGUUGUUUCCAUAACUCUAUUGCUGAAGCACCCCUCUUGAUUGGGUGAAUGUUCAUGAAGCCAUUUCUGGAACCAGCUUAGGAGGCUGAGGCCUCCUGGAGCCUGUGACAUGGAAGCUUUGGAAGUGGAUGAUAUCAGCCCAGCCUUAGAAGUUACGGAGGAGUUCUUUAGUACUUUGGAUAGUAAUCUAGAAAAGGCUGUGCAGCAAGCAGAGGUUUAUGGGAUCCAGGAAGUCCCUGAACUGGUGGGGCAUGAGGUACUCAGUAACAUAACAGACAAUGGUGCUAUGAGAAAUGUCACCUCCCUGGGCAAGGGGGGCAUGAUUUGGGACCACUGUAAGAGCAGGCUCUUAGAAACCAAAGCUCAAAAUGUCUUCCCUGCCAAAGAACAGUUUAUGGUCCAGAGAGGGACAACCCCAGAUAAUCUUUCCUGGAUGGAACAAAAGGAAGCAUCAACCUUUAAUUUCUUCAAUAUCUGUCAGCGUCGGAGGGACCGGCCUCGUUCUGUAAAUGACUUACUGGAUGAGACCUCAACUUUCAAGCCAGGGCAUGCUCGAUCACGAUCAGAUAUUACCCAAGUGGACUGGAGGGUGGUCCUCAAAACCACGCCUUUGCAGCAGCAGCAACAGCAGCAGCCAUCGCUUCAAGGCCCGCACGUCACCAGGCCAUCUUUUCUGUUGCCCUCACCAAAUAAGAUAGAAGAUGCUCAAGGAAAUACCGAACACAAGCAGACAUUCCCAAACAUUCUAAAGAAGGGUUACCUGGAGAUUAGAAAGGACCAUGACAGUUACUGGCAAAGCUGUUAUGCAGAACUUUCACCUUACAACUUAUACUUCUACAGCCUCGACAGCAGUGGGAAUCAAAACCUCUAUGCCACGUACCAGCUUUCACACUUCCAGAGCAUAUCUGUUUUAGGCAACCUGGAGGCCAGGAUGGUGGAUACUGUUUUGUAUGACAACAGUCAGCUACAGCUAAAGGCAGAGUCACCAUGGGAGGCUUUGGACUGGGGACAGAAGCUUUGGGAAGUCGUGCAUGCUGCUGUGCCUGGUUACAUGGGGCGGCAGAAUGAGCCGACAAUCUCACCAGGGCUUGGCCAUCAUGAUGACUAUACACAGAAUCAUUGUUUCCAGAAGAAAACCAGUGGGCUGCUGCCACCAUCCCCUGUCCUGGACAGCUCCAAACAGUACCAAAACAUCCUCAAAUCAGGGACUCUCUACAGGCUGACUGUCCAAAACAACUGGAAGGCAUUUACAUUUGUGCUGAGCAGGGCUUACCUUAUGGCUUUUCAGCCUGGCAAGCUAGACGAGGAUCCACUGUUGAGCUACAACGUGGACGUGUGUCUGGCUGUCCAGAUGGACAACCUGGAUGGCUGCGACUCUUGCUUUCAAGUCAUUUUCCCCCAGGAUGUCCUUCGCCUCCGAGCUGAGACCCGACAGAGGGCUCAGGAAUGGAUGGAGGCUCUGAAGAUAGCUGCCAAUGUGGCGAGGAGUUCAGAGCAAAACCUGCAAGUCACACUGAGGAACAAACCCAAGGAUCAAACAGGUGGGCAUGAACUCAGGAAGAACAAACGCCAAUCUGUGACUACCAGCUUCCUGAGCAUUUUGACGACUUUGUCUUUGGAACGCGGACUCACUGCUCAGAGUUUCAAAUGUGCAGGCUGCCAGCGAUCCAUAGGUCUUUCCAAUGGGAAAGCCAAGGUGUGCAACUACAGUGGGUGGUAUUACUGCAGUAGCUGCCACGUGGAUGACAGCUUUCUCAUCCCAGCACGCAUAGUCCACAACUGGGAUACUUCAAAAUAUAAGGUGUCGAAGCAGGCCAAGGAGUUUCUGGAAUACGUGUACGAGGAGCCGCUCAUCGACAUCCAGCAGGAGAACGCCAUGCUGUACCACCACGCAGAGCCACUGGCCGCCGUGCUGCGGCUGCGGCAGCGGCUGAAGUCGCUCCGAGCCUAUUUAUUCAGCUGCCGGGCAGCGGUGGCAGAGGAUCUCCGCCGCAGAAUUUUCCCCAGAGAAUACCUCCUUCAACAGAUCCACCUGUAUUCCCUCGCCGACCUGCAGCAGGUAAUAGAGGGAAAGCUGGCUCCAUUCUUGGGCAAGGUCAUUAAAUUUGCCACCUCACACGUGUACAGCUGCAGUCUUUGUAGCCAGAAGGGGUUCAUCUGCGAAAUCUGUAACAAUGGAGAGAUCCUCUACCCUUUUGAGGAUAUUUCAACAAGCAGGUGUGAAAGCUGUGGAGCCGUUUUCCAUUCUGAAUGCAAAGAAAAGUCUGUCCCCUGCCCGAGGUGUGUUCGCCGAGAGCUGCAGAAGAAGCAGAAGUCUUUCUGGCAGAGAUUGAACAUGGACGAGAGUCUAGAGGAGGCUUGCACCAUGUUCGAGCUGUCCUACCAGAACACCUGACUCCAGCCGACCCGAAGGCCAGGGAUUCACCAAUCAACAAUCCAUCAGCCCCAGAGCGGCUUCCUAACUAGCCAGUUAGGCCCCUUUGGAAGAAGAGUAUGUCUCCUCUUCAGCUAGAUAUAGAUAUAUAUAUUUAUUUAUAUAUACACAAAUACCUAUACGUCCUGUACGUAUGCUCUGUGUGCAUCAUUGUCCAGACGAUCCACAGAACCUCUGUGGCUCGAGAAACUACCAAUAGCUGGAUUAUACUUAGCCAAGAAUUUCAGCUGCUUGCUCCCAGACAAAACGUGGUGUACACAAUGCUUUACAGUUCAGACUUUUUUUUUUUUUUUUCUGUCUCUCGGGACAUUUUAUUACCCAAGACACAAGAGGAAGCAUUUCCUGCACAAAACAGUGCUUUAGGUUAUUUUUGUGUUAUUUAUUUUUAGCCUUCACAGAGGCUGAGGUAACUGAGGCAGGCACCCAUCAUCAUCUGUUUCAUAAGACAACCUUCAAAACACAAGAGACUGCUGGGUCCUUCCAGGACCUGGUGUCCGUGGCGCUCCCGCCUCAGUUCCUCCUGCGGAGGCGGGGAAUCACGUAAGCAGAGCCGAUGGCUGGAAACAGGAGCCAAGCCCCCUCUGACAGAAAGCAUACACCCCUCAUUUAUGAGGAGGGCUGGUUCUGGUUUUGAAGUUAAUCUCAGAAGUUUUUUUCCUGAGAAGAGAAGAAACCUCUGCGACCAAUAACUGAGUGUUGUCGGUCUGUUUGCCGGUACGAAUCCCAUCACCCACCUAAUGAUGUGAUGCUCCACCUUGUUUUCCAGGCUGUACACGUGGCUUUCUUAACAGUUUUCAACGGGUGCCCAUGGUUGAUAUUUAUGAUUUUUUUCAUGAUGCUGGCUGGAGGAAAUGUCCUGGGGUGGUUGUUAAAGACAUUGGCGUGUAGACUGGUAGAUAAGGCUAUCUGGUAAGUAUAUUCACAGAGAGGGUCGUUUUAGUUUCUUUUCUCAGAAUCCUGUGGAGGCAGUUCCUACCUAUUCAUUUUAAGUGCUUUAUUUCUCGUUGUUCUUCCUGCACUUUCAUUUCGACCUUUGUCAAUGUGACCAUUCUUGCUUUCUCAUUUUUUUGUUUAAAAAAUCGGAGUAAUGUGGAACUUCAAAAUACCAACUUUGGGCUAUUAAGAAAACACAAACUUACAAGUAUAAUUAAUAAAUUAGAUCUAAUAUUAUUUAAGUAAAUAUAUAUAUAUACACACACACAUAUAUAAUUGCCACCUUGAAGUAAAACAAAGAGUGCUAAAAUAAAUAAUAGGAGUAAGAAAGAGAGCUGCUUUGCUAUUUGGCAGGUAGCGUUCUCCCGCUGCAGUGCCCUUGGAAGAGCGCAUGGCAGUCACUGUGACCAAAACAGCAGGUAGGACAGCCCUGGGACCCUGACAGCUCCCAUUCCUUCCCCUUAACUCUCCCUAGAGCAAGAAAAUACGUUUAUAAUGGAACAGUUCUCAGUAGACUUUAUGAGAAGAUUCUGUAGCUUUCGCGCUGAGCAGAUGCCUUCUAUGUCUUCAUGGUUUAGUAGUUUUGCUGCUAUUAGGAUCAGUGGCUCACAACAUACUUGGUACAUUCAACCCCAUUGCUCCUUUCCCCCACACGCCGCUUCCCCAAGACCCCAACUCAUGAUACUUCCGUCCAUCUAGAGAUGUGACAUUUCAGACUGACUUUUGUGCAGUUAGAUGUAAGCAUUUUACCUCUCAACCCACACCAGUUCCUUUGGCCCCAGACCACACAUUUCACCUUAAUAGCUCAACACCAUGCAUGCAUUUAUUUUCUGACUAUACAGUAGCCGCAACCAAGGCUUGAGAACUUGUUAAAAGGCUAGGGCCCUAUUCAUGAGACGCCUGACGGUGCCUUUUACCCUUAGGAAAGCAGGUUGACUUUUCCCCCACUCUAGUUAAAGAGAAUGUUGCACACAAAAGAAAAAGGGUGGAAAAUCUCAAACACUUGGCAACAGGCAAACAAAUUUGAUCAUCUCCUUUCCUCCUCCUCUUGGUAAAAUACAGUAUUUAUAUUUUCCAGCCUCAGAGAAGAUAGCAGAACACGAUCUUUCACAAGAGAAUUAUAGACCUGCUUAUUAUAAAACAGAUGUGCUCCCAUGGCAAAGUGCCUUCUCCCUCCACCCCCAGCUCCCUGUCACUGUAGCUUACUUUUGCCUUCGCUGUAAUUAAUGUAUCUGUGAUUCCAACUGUCAGCGAGGCCAUUCCUAGCACACUGCAUUUGGAGACCUGAAGUGCAGGGCCAUCUCCUCCCCUUGUAACAUGUUUGCCCUGCAUACAGAAUUUCCUCUCCUAGCUCUCAGGCACCCAGUGUCAUACCUGCCGAGAGUCAAGGGCAAAAUUCUGGAUCCCUGUUCAAAACAUCUUUGUUUUCACCAGUCCGCAUUUAGAGGGCCCUGCUAAAUACGAGCAGUCCCUGUGAACUCCUAAGGAGAACUUUCCACCCACAUCAUUUUCUGCUUAUUUUCAAAAGGGAAACAAAAAAUCGACGUGUUAUCACCAUCAGCUACCCAGAGCUGGGUCCAUGUCCAGCACUCCUGUUUCCUCUCCUUUUCGUACAACCCUGACAGCUUGGUCGGUGCCAGCCACAGGCCUAUGACAUUCUCUGCCACCACCACCAAAAUCUGAUAGGACAGAGUGGAGCCAGCUUAGGAGUUGAGUCUGCCAUGAAAAUUCAAAAUUGCUGUUUUCAGCCCAGAAUGCCUUGGCGCACAUGAACGCCCUUACUGUUUUCAACUCUAACAAAUUACUUGGUGCACUGUUAGGUAAUUGUUCCAUUGCUUAGAAACUGUCGAAACAAAAGCAAAUCUGUGGAUUACCACCUCUUUCAGACCAAACUAAUACCUGCUUUUCCUCGUGUUCCAUUUUUCAUCCCAUAUUAAAUAUCUUGCACAUAAAACAUAUGAAAAAAUGGCCAAUUAAUCUCCUGGAGCUGGCAACUGACUCCGGGGAACCGCUUUUUGCUGAAAGGCUCAUUCCCUAGUGUAUCACUUGAGGAAAUCCCUCCUAAAAGUGCCAGAAACUCAUGUGUGAGAUCGUCCAACCCUGGUGAAAUGUUGGCAUCUAACCCCACAGUAAAGAAGCCAGUUCCUAAAAUAGACCUCAUUUUGCACCGCGGCAGGAAGGCCACAAAGUACUUAAAAAGCAGUCAACUGGAAUGGGAGUAGUGUUCUUUCCAGGCCCGCUUUUUCCAAAGUUAAAAGCCUCUUUAUAUGAAAACCAUGUAAACUCUCAGCGGCCCCCUUUGCUUCACUGCCUUUUCUAGGGAGUGCAUUAUAGUCAUUUUUACGUCUGUAGUGCUAAAGGCUCACCUGGUUAGGAGCUUUACAUUGGAUUCGCUGAGAGGGUCAUCGGUUUUUGAUUCUUCUAGAGUAGGCCUCCACCAAGAAGGGAAUAAGUCUAAUACUUGGGAUCUGUGGUUUGCAACCCCAGUGGUAUCCCUCAGACUCCUGAAAAGGGACUAUGCCGUGACUUCCUUCCUGCUGCAGUGAGAUCCGAGGUGUUUACACCACCCUAGUUGCCGAAUGCAGCCUUUGCUCAGCUAGAAUGUGUCCUUUGACGGAGCCUGGCCUCUGUUUUUGUCUCUGUGUGUUGUGUGUACACACUGAAUGUGGACAUCAGAUAGUUCUUUUCUGUGCCUCCUCAGAGAGGCUUGGCUUCCAAACCUGGGAGUUUGUUCUCUACCCAUUGGCUAAAAAAGGCCAUCCAUAAAUUAAUAUAUCCAGGUGGGACUAGCAUGAUGCCACGCACACUGAACAUUUUCUGCAGAGGGGCGUUAGCAGUGAAAGUAGAGACACAUUCUGGUCCUCCUUUAGAGUCAAGCCAAUGCUGUUGCUCGUGUGUUUGUGUACAAUUAUUCAUCUCCGUUGAUCUGACACACUCUCUUGAAAUCACUAGAUUAUGAAACAGAUCUUCACCUCCUGAUUCCAAUACUGCCUGGUUUCAACACAGGGGUUAUUUUAUUUUUUUACUUCUCCUAGUAAAUAGAGAUGUGUUUAAUUUUUGCCCAUUUUAUUUCUUGAGUUGUCUGCACUACUUCUUUUCUUACUCUGAAAUAAUGUGAAAAUGUGAAGUUGGAGCAAGACCUUGAAAGAGCCUCCCUCCUUUGCGCGACCUGAAUCGGUAGCAGCACUCUCCGUUUCCCCUGCCUCCGUGUCACUUGUUAGUGACGGGCAUUAGGAGCUUCAUAUGUUGCACACCUUGUACCACUCUUCCGACCCUGAGUCAAGUAGAGCUGUCUGCUCGAGGUCGAAUCCAGUGAUGGGUGACUAAGCUCUGCUCAGUUAAUGUAAACAGACAAGUGUUGAUUUCUGUCAUGUGGAACGGUGUUUCGACAGUUAAGUCUAGCACCCAGUAGUCUCCUUAUUGGUAGACGAUUCUAAUUUCAUUGGAUUCAAAAAUCUCUGACUCAAGGGUCUUUCCUUAGUGCGUUUUAAUGGGUGCAUGGCUGAGGGAAAAUCCAAGUCAUUGUUAAACUCUAGGUAAAAGACAAGAGUAUGGGAUACCCUCCUAAGCAUGCCGGUAGUUGUCAGUUUUAUUUAAAGUGGGUUCCACUUGGCCAGAAUUGGUGGCUCAUGCCUGUAAUCCCAGCCCUUUGGGAGGCCAAGGCAGGUGGAUCACUUGAGGUCAGGAGUUUGAGACCAGCCGGGCCAAUAUGGUGGAACCCCCUCUUUACUAAAAAUACAAAAAUUAGCCGAGCGUUGUGGUGGAUGCCUAUAAUCCCAGCUACUUGGGAGACUGAGGCAGGAGAAUCAAUCGCUUGAACCUGGGAGGCAGAGGUUGCAGUGAGCCGAGAUUGCGCCACUGCACUCCAGCCUGGGUGACAGAGCAAGACUCCGUCUCAAAAAAAAAAAAAAAAAGUAAGUUCCAAAUGAUCAUGUUUUGUGGCACUGUCCUCAUAAAGUAGCGGCUGCUGUGAUGGAAGGCAUUGCUAAACUCAAGUGAGACAACUGCUGUUUUGCUUUGGAUUUUCCCUGUGAAAAGAGAAGCCGCUGGCUGCUCAUCUUGUUAGAAAGACAAGACUUUGAAUGAAGUUCCAGACGUUGAAUGAAGCUGGUUGUUGCCCAGGGUAGAAGAUUCAGGCACCUACGGCAACUCACAGCAACUCCUAACUCUUAGGAGGGCUCCCUCCUAUUGGCCGUGAAGCUGCAAACCAGCCUCUCUCUUUUCUCUGGAUCUUCCUUGCCCCUAGUUCUGAGCCCCAGCCCAGAGGCAGGCCUCAUGGCUAAUAAACCAGCUAGAGGACAGCUGGGGCCUGUGGCUCCUUCUCCAUGUUGGCCUUCCCUUGUGUCUCUUGUCCCCGUAGGAAUGCCUUAUAGUACUGUCUCGCGCUUCUAGUCUAGUCUGAACCACUUGAAGCCUGCAGGACCCUUCAACUAAAUCUGGAUCCCUUUGCUUCUUCCCUGCUGGCCACUCUUCAUAUAGAUGCUCUUGGAGCCUGUGCAUUCCAUGAUGCAUGUCAGAAAUCUCACCUUGUUCAGCCUGGUGUGCCUUAACCUCAGGAGUAAAGGGAAUCAUGUUGGAAACACGUCAUUAAAGUAGAAUGGUACAAACAUUGGCUUCUUAGUGCCAUUAGCACUUUUACCAGGAAAUGCAAAAGAUGCAACCACAUAAUGUUUUCACUUUGUUUUAUGCUGUUCUUCAAUCGCUCUUUUUGUUUGUUUGUUUGUUUGCUUUCAUUAACCAAACUCAGGGGAAUGUCAUGAUGUCACCAAGGCCAAUGGGUAGAGAAAUAAAAACCAGCCAUCCAGAAUUGAAUCUGUAAAGUCAGUGAACUUAGCCUUUCCAGGUUCCAAAUUACACAAACACAAAGAUUUUCUUAUCCUUCACCUUUCAAAGGUUUUCUUUUUAUUUUGCCACCUGUUUUCCAAAUAAGAAGUGGGAAGCCUCUUAGAUAAAUUGUGAUAAAAAUGUCUCUUUGUUUGGCGUGAGCUGUCAAAUUAGCUUUGUGUGUCCACUGAGCCAUCAAAUUAGGCUUUGGCUGCUGGAGGCCUAGGUUCUAGCUUUGGUCACCUAUCAGAAUCUUACUGUUACGCUGGGCAUGGUGGCAUGUGCCUACAGUCCCAGCUAUUUGGGAGGCUGAAGUGGGUAGAUUGCUUGAGCCCAGGAGCCUGUGCAAUAUGGUGAGACCCAUCUCAAAAAACAAACAAAAAAAGAAGUAGAAUCUUACUGUGAAUAGCUACUAGCCUACCCUAGAAGAUAUAUAUUUUAAAUCUGUUUCUUAGGAAUAGUAGCUAAAAGAAGGAAUGGUCAAAGGAGGGAAAGUGGCUGGCCGCAGCGGCUCACACCUGUAAUCCCAGCUCUUUGGGAGGCUGGGGUGGGAGGAUCACUGGAGCCCAGGAGUUCAAGACAAGUCUGGGCAAGAUAGCGAGACCCUCAUCCCUUUAAAAAAUAUAUAUAUAUAUAUAUAUAUUAAAAAGUAUAUAUAUAUAUACUUUUUUUUUUAAGGAGAGAAAAUGCUUAGGUUGCAAAUGGAGAAUAUUGAACAUGGUGAUGUAAAAAACUUCUGCACAACUUGUUCUCUAGCUCCUGGGUCAGGUCUAUGCCAUUUUUUCUUAUAUCUGCUCACACAGUACAGAAAUGACUAAAAUUUUGGGUCUGGGCUGUUAUAUCAUUUUGUGUUAAGUUAUUUGUAGUAGCUAAUGUGCUAACUUAUAUAUGUGUUCUUUCUGUUUUUUGGAUUUUAUUACCUUUUGUUUUGGCAUAACUUAUCUAUAUUUUUGUUUACAUUAUUUUAAAAAUUAUUUUAAAAAUAUCAGUAACUGUAAUAAUAUUAAAUUGAAGUUGUAUUGUUGACAAUACCUCUAGUUUUUAAGGUCAUCUGUCACAUAAUUUAAGUGCACCAGUUCCUAAUGUAUAAAGUUCUCUCUCUCUCUCUCUCUCUCAAUAAACAAU